AUGAAUCGUGUCAUUUUAGUGAAAGCAUUUUAUUUUGGCGUUUCUACAGUCGGUCUUUGGCUCAUAUUAGUGGUGAUUUAUCUUUUGAAUCGUCAGGAAAUCUCCUCGAACGUAACGCUUAUCCUUGGGACAAGCGACAAGUUGUUGAUAUCUAAUCCAGACAUCUACAACAUAGAACUGGACGUAGACAUCAAGUCCGAGGUUACUCUUCACGGGUUGAAUAGACACUCUUGGGAAAAGUUUUGCCAGAGCAGCCUCGAACAAAUCUGCAAUUAUCCAAUUUUUCCAAAGGCUCCGGAUGCAAGAGAGUACAUUCCAAAUGUCAACAUAAUCUCAGAGCGUGGAAGACUCGAUCGAGUCAUUAGAUUGCUGGGUUACAUUCGACCGAAUGCCUCUGGAGAACAUCAAUUUUUGUUAACUUCAAAUGGCUUGGCAGAGGUUUGGCUAAGUCCUAAUGCCAACUGGACAGGCGCUCAAAGAAUUGCUUACAUCCGGUCCCAAAGUUCGCCAUUGAAGAAGAUGUCCUUUGAGGGUAUAAAGUCUCAGAUUUCGGAUAGCGUGAAUUUAGCCGCCAAACAAAGAUACUAUUUUGAACUCAUUUACAUUCAGUCGCAGAGUAAUGCAACGAGAAGCAAACAUUUAAUUCAGGUCGCUUGGAAAAGACCAGAUAGUCGUAGAUUUGAGAUCAUCGAUAACAAGUUCUUCUUGCUGUAUACAAAGGACACAGAUAAGGCGAAAUUGAAAAUUCUCGACGAUGAGUUACCAAAAGCUCCCACUUGUGCGCAGUCUCGGACAAGAUUUGCGAACAUGCACUUGAGGCCUGAAGCACUGCCUUACUUAGAGAAAACUGCCGUGGACGAGGCGCUUCCUAUCUGUGAUUAUAAACCCAGUUAUCUUCUUGAUCCGGCAAAUUUACCCCGCGACUUUAAACAUUAUCGCGGUGUGCGCAGUUAUGUUCAAAAAACUUACACGUACCCAUUUCAAAGCUUGAACGGAGUGAUCAAAUCGAAAACUGCGAGUAAAGCUUUCAUAGCUGGAUACCCUUUGAAUGAAAAGGAGGCAUUGACUGUGGUGACAAAUUACUUCAACGCUUUGAAGAGGAUCUACCCUAGGUAAGGAAUGUCAAUCAGUGUAAAAUCCUUUAUUUGGGACUUUUCUAUGCGGGGCACUAUAUUAUUAGAAGGACACUAUCUUUGGUCUCGAAAGGAGUGAUGUUGUUAGAACUACUGAAACUGUGACCCGGAAGAGAAUCCUCUCUAGAAUUUUCCAGUCAACGCCAAGCGAAGGUCAAAGGUUGCAUCUUUUCCGCUUCACAGUCGAACCUGUUUUAAGCGGUUAUCCGUGGGGAAUGACGGGGUAACCGCUCAACACAGGUUGACCGCUUGAUAGAGGUUCUAAAGAAUAAGAGUAUUAUAAAAGCGAUAAAGACGCGAUGUUUUGCCAUUAUUGACCAGUUGAUUUACAAAACCUCGCUCUAAAAUACUAAAAAAUACUCCUAAUAUUGGUUUUGAGAGAUAAAGAUGGCCGGAUUAAGUUUUGUUUGAAAUGUUACUCUUAGCUUUAUUUAAGUGGUUUCGCUGCAAGUGACCGUUCUAUACAGGUGGAGAACGAUACAAACAGGCUGUGUGGACUAAGUAAAGGGUGAUUACAACCGCUAAACGGAGGUGACUGCUUAUUAGAAAUGGAAAUCACAGCAGGAGUAAAUUUCGGGACUUUGGUCUGGAAAUGGCCUGGUCACCCUGUGAAGCAGUUAGUGUUGCUUUCUUCAGACCUCCAGCGCGUUAGACAAGGAGUAGUCCCUUCUUCUCGGCGAAGUCCGUUGAGGCGAGUAAAAGAAAUCACCCCCUAGAAGACAAAAUGAUAAUAGCAUGCCGCGCGGAACUCUGAGAGUGACGUGCGGGAAAAAGUACUUGCGCGACGGGAUUCGGCUAAAAAAGGAGGGGCUGCUCGCAGUCUACAAGCAUGUCAAAAGAUCUGAACUUCUUUUGUGUUUCCUCAGGACAUACGAACUCUUGUCAGUCAGGCGCGUCGAAAAGAAAGGAGAUCCGCUAAAAGGAGACAGAUAUCUCCUUGAGCUUGUGGUCAAAUAUCUUCCAAAUGGCGCCAACUACAUCUUGGCAGAAUAUGUAUUCCAGCCAAAAGAUCUAUCGGGACCUUUGUGUUAUCCAAGUGGCCUGCAGUGGGACAGGACAGCGGAUGUUUACUUAAUUCUCACUGCAAAGAACCUGGGUCGAUGGGUUCACCAUUUCAUCAAGAACGUGGAGCAAAUCGUAAAGGAAACAAAAGACGAACAUUUACACGUGGUUAUAUUUGACUUCGGUAGCCCAGAUAUUGAUUUGGAACAGGCUUUGAGAAAAAGUUCUCUGAUAAACUAUCACUUAAUUGUACAACCUGGGAACUAUUCGCGGACUCUUUCUUUUGGUAGAGCUGUGCAAUCGAUAAAGGACCCAAACGCCAUUAUUGUAACCAUUGACAUGCAUCUGGAUCUUGGGAGUCAACUUAUCGAUGAAAUUCGUAAGGUAAGCGUUCUUUUUGUUUUAUUUUUAUUUUAUUUUAUAUUAGGGAAGGGGAUAGAAGGAAACUCCCUAGGGCUGGGGGAGGUGGGAGGGGAAGGAAGUGGAAAAGGCAAGGAGUGUGAAAAUAACCUGCGUGGAGUUCCUGUUAGCGCCGCAUCACGAGCGACCAGGCCCACGACAUUUUAAUCAGAGGGAUAUCUGUGAGGGAUCAUUUUCGAACUGGAACCAUCGGUGCUCCAUUGCAAAACCCCCUCUCGCUUGAGACGCGCGGGCUUCGCAACUCUUGUCGCUCCACCAAUGAAAGCCUGCGUGCAGGUUUAUUUGCAAUUAACUACUCGCUCGGAGAUUCGUUUAUUAAUUUCAAAGUAUGUGUCAUUUCUAAAACAUGCACAGGAGUCAACAAUAGUGCUUUGCACUUCAGUAGCACCCUGGCCCCGGCGAAAUCAGUUGGUUCUUGCGUUUUCCUAUGCAUUUAUGUCAGGACUAUUGCCUGUUGAAAAUACUAGUCAUCGGAAAUUAACGUGCGUGCGCCAAAGUUGAUAAACUGUAACUUAAAUCGUCUGUUAAAAGUUUAGUUAUCCUGUUAUUUUGUCAUUUCAGCAUUGUAUCAAAGGGAAAAUGUUGCACGCUCCUCAGAUAGUCUAUCUUUACUGUGACGGAACCAGUGCUGUUCCCAGAGGGCGAUGGUACCACUACAGCUAUGGAACUGUGGCAGUGUACAAGGAAGACUGGGACAAAUUUGGAGGAUUCUCCAAGGAUUUUGAGACAAAGGUUACAUGGGGAGGCGAGGACUGGGAUCUAAUUGACGGCGCAGUCAAGAGUGGCCUGGAAAUAGAGCGCACACGCUGUCCAAAGAUUUACCAUUAUUACCACAGUAAAACAGGAAUGUGGGUAAAAACUGAAAAGCCUAAAUUAGCAAAGGGGGCAAAACCAACACCAAAGACGGCACAAAUAACGCCAAAAGCGGCAAAACCAAUGCCAAAAGCGGCAAAACCGGUGUCAAAAGUUGCAAAACAGAUGCCAAAAGCGGCAAAAGCUAGGCCAAAAACGGCAAAACCGAUACCAAAAGCGGCAAAACCGAUGCCUAAAGGGGCAAAACCGAUGCCAAAAGCGGCAAAACCGAUGCCAAAAGCGGCAAAACCUGAGCCAAAAAUGGCAAAACCAAUACCAAUGACAGCAAAACUAACUAGGAAAAAGGCAUAG